AUGGUCAGCCUAAGAAUAUACACGAGAACGAAAAUCAUUCGAACGUUCGGCAUUGAUGAUUAUCUCGCCGUUGCUUCUCUUUUGGCUACAGUGGCCUGCGGUACUGCCAUCGCAGAUAUGACGACACAUGGUCUUGGAAGACAUAUCGUAACCCUAAGCCCGAAAGACAUUACGGAGUAUAUGAGACUGUUCUACACAUCGAUAGUCUGUUACAACAUCGCCAUACUCUGCAUCAAAUUAUCAUUCCUCUGCCAAUACUAUCGAGUCAUGGUUGUCCCUAGACUCCGCAAGAUCUACGCAGUUGCCUUGCUCAUCGUGGGUGCCUGGUCAACCUCCCAACUAUUCAUAUCGGCACUCCAGUGUUUGCCAGUUUCCGGGUUCUGGGACAAGUCAGUGAAAGCAAAGUGCAUUCCGAACCAGCCGCAGUGGUACGUCAACGCCGCGGGCAACAUCAUCACUGACGUCGCCGUUUUUGCCUUGCCGAUGCCUGUUUUUUGGCACCUCAGACUGCCUCGAAAGCAAAAGAUUCUUCUCAUGGGAAUAUUCAGCCUGGGGUUCUUUACUGUUGCCAUCAGCAUUAUAAGGGUCCAGUUCUUGGACAUAGAGACCGACUUCACCUGGACAAAUGUUAAAGCCUCGCUCUGGUCCCUUGGUGAGAUCUCGUCAGCCAUAACAUGCGCAAGUCUCCCGACUCUUCGCCCACUUCUGACCAAGUUAUUUCCGGAGCUGAUGAGCAGGGUGAACAUCUCAUCUGUACCCAGCCAGCAGACGGAAACAGGACAUACUCGGCCGACGCGGGCGUACUCAGGUCUCCCGAAGCCACGAGAUAUGGAGAGGGGCAUCGCCGACUCGGCAGGUUCUAGCGCGAGGUCGAGCCAUAUCAGGGACGACAGAUUGGCCACCUACGGACUGCCGUACAAUCUCCAUACAAACGAGUCGAACGAGACCGUCUUCGGUCUGGCCAGUGUGCUCGAGGAUUAUAAGACCUCUGUUAAGCCAAGCACUGCCGCCCCGGGUGGGCGACCAGUAGUAUGCAACACUUCCAGCAAUAAACAGUCGCACCACGUCCGGAGAGAUGGAAAUGGAUUUUGA